CAGUUCUUUGACUCUGCACUGGGAGUCAGUAAACUCAGUGACGGCCUCGGCACCAGUAUCGCUGCGAAACGCCGAUCUCGACGGUCGCGUGCGCCAGAUGUUGUAAUUUUAUAUCGUGCGUCCAACCGAUAGUGUAACUUGUGUUGUUUUUAGUUCUUUUUUUUUUUUUAAAUAAGUGAAGUGUUUUUUUGUAGUAAGUGAAAAAAUUUAACUCCAAAAAAAAAAUUUUUAAAUCGACCGAAAAUGUAAAUCAAAAUUAUAAUUUUAAUUUACACGCUCACAUAUAAUUAGUUUGACAAUAAGUGAAUUUGUGUUUACGCGGUUUGACAAGAGUGCGUACUUUGUAUUGACAACUAAAAAAGUUUAAUUUUAAAAAAUCGGAGUAUUUCUUACUCGAUGCUUACCGGUCGUGUACUGAAUACCUUUCACGUUCUGACCAACCAGGAUCGAACCGGUCUGACCGAAGGCCAUAAUACGAAGCAUAACCAGGCCUUAGUUGUAAUACAAACGUAAAACGUAAUAGUAAAACAUCAAAGUCUUCCCACGAUAAAUCUUAAAUAAGAUAAAAAUAAUAAACAACUCCAAGUCCUCUUAUAUUAUAACUAAAAAAUAGGGUAAAUAAAAGCGAGUGAUUUAAUAGAGCGAGAUUGGUAAGGUCCUCGGGCAGUAUAUUGUGAUAUCACGAUGGAAGAGGAAUUACGAUGUCCUACCUGCAAAGAACUAUUUAGUGAUCCCGUUCUUCUACCUUGUUGGCACGCACUGUGUUUAUCGUGUGCUGUAAAUCUUCAAGCACCGCCAGAUUCACCUCCAGAAUCAACGACCGACUGUUCAAAUGCGCCAGGCUCCGACCAAGAGGCUGAUAAAUUGUCCAUACUUUCAGAAACAGACUCAGGAGUGGUGUGCAGCAGUACAUCAACCUCAUCAAGACCGGGAAGUUACGUCGGUACACCAGGAAAUGGAGGCUGUUUUCCGCCUUCUGGUGGCACACUGUGUCUAUCUUGCCCGGUGUGCCACAAAAGUGUGUAUUUUGAUGAGGGCGGCGCCCAUAAUUUGCCGAAAUAUCGUUCAAUGCAAAAAAUUGUUGAAAAGUAUCAGGAAGCAAGAAAUGUCAGGCUGCUGUGUCAGAUGUGCGAGGGCGAACCCAGAGAAGCUACAGUUGCUUGCGAACAGUGCGAGGUACUUUAUUGUGAUGGAUGUAGAGAAUCAUGUCACCCAAAAAGGGGACCACUAGCAGCCCACAAUUUAGGCCCACCACGUGCCAGCUGGCAGUCUAGUAUUGGUAAUAAAGGUGGGACACGCGCUCUGGGUUCUGAUGGGGCACCAAUUUGCGCCGAUCACAAUGGGGAAAAUGUCAGCCUCUAUUGUGCUCUAUGUAAGAUUGCAGCUUGUUCUCUAUGCCUACGAGAUCGUCAUACAGCUCAUCCUCAUGAUGUACUACCACUCGCCGCAGCAUGUAAAGCUCAGAAGACGGAACUGUCGCAAAAUCUACAACAGCUUUCAGAGCGUGCCCGUUCCACGACAGAAUUCAUUCAACGACUCAAAGGAAUGACGGAUAAAGUACAUGAGGAAUGUGCAGCCCUAGAAGAUGAAGUAGAAGACCGUGUGUCAAGUUUAUUAAAUAUGCUCCAAGCUAGAAAAUCUCGUUUAAUCGAGGCUGCACGACAAACAAGAGAUGCAAGAGUUAGAUCAUUGCGUGAUCAAGUUGCUCGAUGUGCAACUCAUCUUCAGACGACGACAGCUUUACUGACGUUCUGUAUUGAAGCCUUGAAGGAAACAGACAGCUCGGCAUUCCUACAGAUUGGCGGUAUGUUAUCUAUGAGGGCUUCCAGCGCUGCUGGUUCCUGGGGCGCUGCUGAGGGCGUACAGGAGAUGACACGUUUGCCACUCCUUGAUCUCACGCUUGAUGACAAACCUGUCAGACGUGCCAUUGAUCAACUGACCUUUGUUCAACUGAAACCAAUGGAAGGAGAGGAUCGAUAUCCAACCGCAGCUCCAGGUGCACCGGUGUUAAUUCCUGAAGAGUGCAGUGCAGAAAAUAAUAGUGUGACAGUGGCAUGGCAACCACCAGCCGGUCAUGGAAUUGGAUGUGGUCAGCGAGGUCCGGCAAUCGAAGGAUAUUUGCUGGAGCUUGACGACGGAUGCGGUGGAGAGUUUAGGGAAGUUUACUGUGGACGUGAAACUAUAUGUACUGUGGAUGGUCUUCACUUCAAUUCACUUUACAAUGCAAGAGUCAGGGCAUUCAAUAGUGCCGGCGAAGGAGAUUAUUCCGAGCUCAUUGGGCUUCAAACUGCUGAAUUGGCAUGGUUUUCAUGGGCAACUGGCGCACCAGGAGUUCCCCAAGAGGUUUCAAUUUCCGAAGAUGCUAUGAGCGCAUCCUGUGAGGGUUACGAGCAUCGCGUUGUCCUUUCAAGCGUAGGAUUCUCUCGUGGUGUCCAUUACUGGGAGCUUACUAUUGACCGGUAUCACAGUGACACUGAUCCAGCAUUUGGAAUAGCCCGUGCUGAUGUGUCACGCGAUAAAAUGUUAGGCAAAGAUGACAAGGGUUGGAGCAUGUACAUAGACCGUCAAAGAUCGUGGUUUAUGCACGCCGGUGGUCAUGCCCAAAGGACUGAGGGUGGUGUACAGCAAGGCUCAACUGUUGGUGUACUCUUGGAUCUCGAUUCAACUCACACCCUUCGGUUCUUCGUAAACGACCAACCACAGGGCGGAAUCGCUUUUCGUGAUCUCUAUGGGGUCUUCUAUCCGGCAGUAAGCCUCAAUCGCGGUGUCACUGUCACUCUUCACACGGCAAUCGAUCCACCACGACAUCUACUUGCUCUCCAUGAUGAGUAUGUUUGUGAUAUUGUCCAGAGCUAGGGGUACCUAACUGUCCUGAAGAAAGGCCUACUCACCAAUCAAGAAAAUGGAAUUUAUGGUGAACAUGACAGACCAAAGGAACACGCCGACCAGCCCAAUCAGAUGCUCGAAAAAAUAAUCGAAGAAGGACCUGCAGAAAUUAAUUAAUUAUUAAUAUGUAAGCUCAUUUAUUCUACAUCAUCAUUAUUUUUAUUUUUAACGAUAAAUUACAUUAAUUAAGGAGUCAUUCAUUUAAAAUGAAUUAUUUUAAUCAUGAGUUUUUGCAAUUUAUUUAUUUUAUUAAUAUAUAAAUAUUUUUAUAUUAAUAUUCUUAUUCUUUAAGAAUAAAAUAAAAGUUUGCUAAUUAUAAAUUUAAUUAAUUAUCCUAAUUUUAAAGAGUUAUAAUAAUAUAACGUUAGUAAAUUUAAUGAACAGAUUUUAUGGGAUCAUAUUUACUUUCCUAUACUUUAAGACUGGUCUUACGAGACAGUACUAUCAAUUUUUUUUAUCAACAAAAAAAAUAAAUUUAUGUUAAUUAAGAAAAGAAGUAAAUGAGAAAUAAAUAACAAUACAUAUAAAUGAAGGGGUGAAAGUAAUUAAUGGAAAAUUAAUU